AUGGCGUGGAAAGGUCCCCAAUGGUUAUUAUCCCCGGCAUUAUGGUUUGACGUCUAUUGGCCGGCCUCGCGCAAGUACUGGUUCUCGCUGCUCUUCAUCGGUGCGGUAUCUGCCAAAUUGCUUCAUAUCUAUUCCCAUCUCAACUCCCUGGCCCUCGGUCGCUUUCUGCUCUGGGGCCCGACUUUCUUUGUUCAAGAUAUCGCCUGUAUUGUGAUUGCGCAGAUCCUCUGCCAGAAGCUUCAUCGAAAAUGGCUUCGCGUGGUGGCAGCUCUACUGAUAAUCCCCACCAGUUUAAUGAUCUCAGCCCUCGCAGCGGCCAAUAUCUCUUUUUACAUUCAAACCGGCGCGGAAAUCCACUGGCGACAAGCACACUAUUUCCAUCGCGAUGCAGCCUCGAUUAAGACCCUAUUGACCGGAUUGACUGGAAUCGUCAUUGUGGAGGUUCUUUUUGGGGCGGCAAUGUGGCUAGUGACGCCUUAUUUAUACAACGGAGUGCGCGCAAUAGUUCGAUGUUUGAAGUUCGCCAUAGAACCUAUGUUUCGCUGCUGGAAGUCCAAAUCCACUUCUUUGCUGCCAACCUAUGAUGCUGUCGCAGACAAAGAUUGGGAGGAGGAGAAUGAUGAAUCAGAUGCGAUGCUCGGAUUGCAAGAUCCAGUGGAACAGCUCAAGCAGCCAUCGGAUAAAACCCAGCCUUCACUGUUGCUUCGUAUCAUUGCAACUUGCUCGGUGGUCUUGCUCCUCAUACUGCGUGUCAUUCGGCCAUCAGAUACCGCGUAUUCAUUCCUUUCACAAACUGUCAUCAUCACCCCCUUCGAAAAGCCUCCGCAGAAGACCAUUUAUUCGUCGGUUGAUCUUCCACCUGGCCUCCCUGGUGAUUUUAGCUGGCUGUACAACCACACUGCUCUCACCAUGCCCCUGAGCUUUGAUUGGCUCCCAGAAAAAAAGCUGCCAGGGUUCAGAGACUGGUAUGAAGAAGGCAAAGAAAAUCAAUCUUUGCAUUACCAUCCUAAUCAUGAUCCUCUUAAAAUCUCCAACCUUGAUCGAGAGCUGUUGGGACCUUUGCGCGAUGCGCUCAAAGGUGGAAAUGUCAAAAUUAAGCAUGUCUUCUUACUGAAGCUGGAAAGUACUCGGUUUGAUGUCUUCCCUCUCCGAAAGGAAUCUCAUCUUGGCGAGCUAAUCCAGGAGUCAUAUGACGGUAAUAUCCCGGAGGAGGUUGAAGAGCGCCUUGCUAACUUGACUCGAAAUGCGGAGAUAUUGACUGGAACCCCAGCGGGCUGGCCGCAUAGCGAUACCUCAUGGAAGCCCCGUGGAGGUCUGUACGCGACAGAUGCCUAUACCGGAGACACCUUUACUUUGAAGAGUAUUUUGGCUAGUGUCUGUGGCAUCGCGCCUCUGGUGGUGGACUUUAACCGCGAAUAUCUGCACCACAUUUACGAACCAUGCAUGCCGCAGAUCUUCAAUGCCCUCAACUCGCUAUCUAACACCUCCUCUGAAGCAAAGACCAACGACUACACUACAUGGCCAUGGCAUUCGACCUUUAUGCAGAGUAUUACCGACAAUUAUGACAACCAAGAUCUUCUGUUACCAGCUUUGGGAUUCGAUGAUAAGGUGACAGAUCUCAAGAUUACGGAGGCCUGGAAAAAGAACCCAAAGCAGGCCCCAGAGAAAUUCAACUUUUGGGGCUAUCCUGAACACGAGCUGCGUUCAUACUUCCGAGACGCUCUACAACACGCUGAAAAGCAUCAUGAGCGCAUUUUCCUCACUCAUCUCACGGGCCAGACCCACCAUCCGUGGGAUAUGCCCAAAGGUGACGAAUAUGAGGAACUCAUUUCCCAUAACAUAUUUAAGAACAAGAACAUCAACCGGUAUUUGAACACAAUUGGCGUCGCAGAUCGAUGGCUUGGGGAGGUCAUGGAGGUCCUUGAAGAGACUGGGGUUGCCGAUGAAACACUCGUCGUAAUGGUCGGUGAUCACGGCAUCUCUCUCAUCGAGGAUGGCGGAGUGACUCCAUAUGAUAACCCCCAUAUCUCAAACUUUCAUGUCCCGCUGGUCUUUUCCCAUCCACAUUUACCUCCGAUCAACAUAGACGGUCGUGUCACAUCGAUGCAAAUUCUGCCUACGAUUCUUGACCUUCUCGUGGAGUCCGGCUCCCUGGAUCAGCAGGCGACCACCGCCAUCAAGGACCUUCUUCCUCUCUACGAGGGGCAAUCAAUGAUUCGCGAUCUCGUCCCCGAGAAAGAUGGCAAACUCGACUGGCAGUAUACAGUCAUGAACACCGGAGCCACCUGGCUUGCUCUGCGCUCGGCACCUAAGCCAUACCGUCUGAUUGUUCCCCUCGUGCCUGAUGUCGAGUGGAGAUUUUCAAACGUGGAUAUCGAUCCGCUUGAGCUUCAUACCCUUCAGUCAUUCAGCUUGCCUCCUCUCCUGGAGGCGGUGGGCAACGAACACGGCGAAGAAGCCGUGAACUGGAUUAUUGAGGCUGCCCACGUCACCAAAUGGUGGGUUACAGAAAAUUGGCGUCGUUAUGAAUUCGAGCCGGAAGUAUGA